ACAGAAACGCAAGGCAACGGGCAUUUGACAGCACAACAAACUCUGUCAAGUUUACGUUCGUUAUAUUUUUAUUUGUCCGGCGACGUAUUCUUCAACUUAGUUACUUGAAGAGAUUCUACUUGAAAAAGUUUAUCACAGAACAAUAUUAAAAUGCAUCUGUGGGUUCUCUGCGCGUCUGUUAUUCUGGUGCCUGUGCUGUGCGAUGCGCGGAUCUCUAAGCGUUAUGUGAUCGGAUGUCCGGAGCGCUGCGAUAAGAGUGUGUGUCCGCCCAUACCGGCCGAGUGUCUGGCCGGAGACAUCCUGGACCAGUGCGACUGCUGCCCGGUGUGCGCGGCCGGCGAGGAUGAGCCCUGCGGCGGUACAGGGAAACUGGGAGACCCGGAGUGUGGAGAGGGUCUGGAGUGCGCCGUCACUGAGGGGGUCGGAUCAACAACUACCGUGAGGAGGAGAGGAAAGACCGGCGUGUGCGUUUGUAAGAUCCCCGAGCCCGUCUGCGGCAGUGAUGGGGUGUCCUACAGGAACAUCUGCGAGCUCAAGAGAGUCAGUAACCGGGCACAGAAACUCCAGCAGCCACCCAUCAUCUUCAUCCAGAGAGGAGCCUGCGGGAAAGGCCAUGAGGAUAAUCCAGACAGCCUCCGGCACAGAUAUAACUUCAUCGCUGAUGUGGUGGAGAAGAUUGCUCCAGCUGUGGUUCACAUUGAGCUGUUCCGCAAAAUGAUGUUCACCAAGCGGGAAGUGGCCGUGGCCAGCGGCUCUGGUUUCGUGGUGUCUGAAGAUGGCCUGAUUGUAACCAAUGCCCACGUGGUAGCCAACAAACACCGGGUGAAGGUGGAGCUGAAGACGGGCGCCACCUAUGAAGCCAAAAUCAAAGACGUAGAUGAGAAAGCAGACAUCGCUCUCAUCAAGAUAGAUGCUCCGUAAAUGAAACUCCCAGUGUUGCUGUUGGGCCGGUCAGCUGACCUAAGACCGGGCGAGUUUGUGGUGGCUAUCGGCAGCCCGUUCUCUCUUCAGAACACAGUGACCACAGGCAUCGUCAGCACCACCCAGAGAGGGGGCAAAGAGCUGGGCCUGCGAAACUCUGACAUGGACUACAUCCAGACAGAUGCCAUCAUCAAUUACGGCAAUUCAGGAGGGCCCCUGGUGAACCUGGAUGGUGAAGUGAUAGGAAUCAACACGCUGAAGGUGACGGCAGGAAUAUCCUUCGCAAUUCCAUCCGACAAGAUCCGACAGUUCCUGGCCGAGUCUCAUGACAGGCAGGCUAAAGGAAAAACCGCCACAAAAAAGAAGUAUAUCGGUGUGAGAAUGAUGACAUUGACCCCAAUACUUGCUAAAGAGCUAAAGGAAAAACAGAGUGAUUUCCCAGAUGUCACCUCUGGAGCGUACGUCAUUGAAGUUAUCCCCAAAACACCAGCUGAAGUCGGCCGCCUGAAGGAGAGUGACGUCAUAAUCAGCAUUAACGGUCAGAGGAUCACGUCAGCCAGUGAUGUCAGCACGGCCAUCAAGAAAGACGACAGUCUGAGAACAGUGGUACGACGCGGCAAUGAAGACGUCAUCCUCACAAUCAUUCCUGAGGAGAUUGACCCUUGACCUCCCCAACGCUCACCCAUGAGCUGGUUCUCAGACUUUUACCGAGUGUGUGUCCGGAGCCACACUCCUCCUAGAAACCAUAGUGAACACUUUCCAGCCUGACCAUCAACAACCUGAAUAUUGUUUUCAUCUUAGAACAGGAAAUGUCCUUUCUCACUUUGUUUCCCCCGUAUCUUCCAACUCAUUUUCUGUUUAUUCAUUAGUAUACCAUGUUAGAAUGAGCCCUUUUGUAAAUACGUAUGAGAAUUUAGUGCUGGCUAGUUCACUAACAUGCCGAAAUGUAUAUAAUUACGCUGUUCCAAAACCUAGUACGCUGCCUAAGCUUGAGUUCCAUUCAAGAUGGUGAAUGAAGCAGGUAAAUGUUGAUUAUAAUCUUAUAUUUCAUUACUGAAAAGUAUCAACUAAAACAAUUCAGUGUAAUUAAAAAUAAUUGUUUUACCCAAUUUUUAUGCGUGCAAUUUAUUUUUAUGCUUCCCUUUCAAAAAUUAACCACGGUGUAACUAUCAAAAGUGUAGUAACCAUGUUUUUAGCCGAAUGAUUAGCAUUUGCAUAACCACAAUGGUUAAAUUAUGGUUAGCUUAGCAAAUUAGCUUAGCUUAGCAAAUUGUCAUUUGCAGUAAAACCAUGGUUCAUUUUCGUAAGCAUUAAUCUCAUAGCACAUUUAUAUUGUGCAAAUGUCUUUUUGACGUGAACCUUUCACCUGAUUUCAUCUGCAAUAUGUGUCAAAAAAUGUU